AUGGGUAUCUUCGGACGGGCCGCACCGGCUCACAUAGAGACGGACCAAGUCAUCCCUCUGGGUUUCUUGGACAAUACACCAUUGAUGCAGAGAAUCCUUCUAUACAACUUGAUGGUAUUCAAUGAUGUCCUCGAUCCGGAGAAGCUGCGAAAUGCGCUCGAGCGGCUAGUGCAGCAGAAAACUUGGAGGAAAAUGGGAGCGCGACUCCGAAGCAACGCAAACGGGGGGCUCGAUUAUCACAUCCCCGCCGUUUUCUCUGACGAGCGCCCCGCCAUCGCUUACACACACGUUGCGCAUGACAUGAACCGCGCAGACCACCCAUUGGCGGGCAAGCUGCCAACGCCGCCAGGUAGUGCCGGCCCGGCAAUCGUCGCGGACCCGGAUGAGUUCCUGCCGCUCGCCAAAGGUCCGGAUUGUCCGUCCGUCGCCGACGACUACCUGUACUCAGACCGCCCGAUAUUCGGCCUUCACAUCGUUUCCUUCAACGACUCAACCCUCGUGACGCUCCACUGGCUACAUCUCGCCAGCGACACGCUGGGCAACAAGGCCGUCAUGGAAAACUGGGUCCGGAUGCUCGAGGGACGAGACGACGAGGUUCCUCCGCAGUGCGGCUUCGAUAGCGAUCCAAUGGCCGACCUCGGCAAGAAUCCCACUGUUCCGCAUGCGCUCGCCAAAGAGCGCAUGUCGAACGGUCAGAUGGCGGGCUGGUUCUUCAAUAACAUCGGCGACCUGACGUUCCGUGCCAAGGAGAACCGCAUGGUCUGUCUGCCGGGCCCCUACGUCGACCACAUGUAUAACGCGGCCAUGGACGAGCUCAAAGCCCAGGCCCCGCCGGGCGAGACGCCCUUCCUGACGGAGAACGACAUCCUCACCGCCUGGUGCACCCGCCUUGCGGUAUCCCACCUCCCGGCGAACUCGGAAAAGCCCGUCACAAUCCAAGUGUCGGGGUCGAUGCGCAAGACGCUGGCAGGUGACCUGCUACCGCACGACCAGCCGUACGUGGCCAAUUGCUUUGGGUUUAUGAACGUGCUGGUCAAGGCCAGCGAUCUGCUCUGCAGGCCGCUGAGCCACACGGCGGCGCAGAUCCGGCUGGCCGUCAACGAGCAGCGAUCGCGCGAGCAGAUCGAGGCCUACCACGCCAUGUUCCGCGACCAGAGCGUCGCCCUGCCGCUAUUCUUCGGCACCAGCCAGACCCACCAGGUCAGCUACUCCAACUGGACCCGCUCCGACCUCUUCGCCGUCGACUUCUCCGCCGCCGCCACCACGCCCCGCGACACGCCCUGUGUCCCGUCGUACAUCAACCACAGUCAGAUGCCUUUCCAGUUCGGUGAGGGCUUUCUCUUCAUGGGUAAGGAUUCCCAUGGCAACUACUGGAUGUGCGGUUAUCGUGUCAAGGGGAGGUGGGCCAAUAUACAAAAGGCCCUGGAUGCUGAGGCCGAGGCUGAUAUUCCUGUUCCGUCGCAUCCCUGA